AGUGACGGAGGCUCUCUCUCCGGUAACGGGAAGUGUUGAUCAGAGACGAUGGAGGUUUCGGUUUCUCCGCUAAUCGAUCAGCUGAUCGAUUAUUGAUGUCGCCGUCGCGCAGCCCCGCGCGCCCCCGUCACCCGCACCGUGUCGUCUCACCGGAGGAUGAGUCGGUAGGAGGCUAACAGCGAGCUAACGUUACCGAGCGGCGGCACCGGGCGCUUUCUCCGCUCUGUCCGUGUUCAGCGGAGCCGUACCGACACGACCCGGUCCCGGUGCUCGGUGUUCCGUCAGGCUGCCCGGUGAGCUGCACCGGGAGGAUGCAGCCGCGAGCCGCCGUUAGCUGUUUGUUUCUGUCGGUGUUAUGUAAGCGCAGACCGUUAGCUCCGUUAGCUCCGUUAGCUGUUGUUAGCCUGGUUAGCUCCGUUAGCUCGGUUAGCUUCCGUUAGCUCGGUUACCGGGAGGAUGAAUGACGAACUGUCCCCGGACUUCGUGCUGAUGCGGCUCGUGUCGGCAGCGGAGUACGACCGACUGGAUGAGCCGGAGGAGCUGCUGUCCGGGGGCGGGGGCUUUGGGCCCGUGAAGGCCGCUCUGGGGCACCGGGACUCGGGCGGCCCCUCUCCGGGCCUCGGCUCGGCCUCGCCGCACUACAGCUCCCCGCUGCCUGGGAAAGGCGAGCUGGAAGGCGGGUUGGUGCUGCCGCAGGCCCCGCCGGGUUCCGAGGGGCCGCGGGGGCCCCCCCCGCCGGAGGACUUCACGGCUGCGGCGCAGCGGUUCGUGGACUUCCCGGUGUCUCGCGGGCCGGGGGGCCACGGGUCCUUGAUGGUGUUUGAGAACCUGCUGCGGAGCGGGGACCGGAUCCUGGACUGUGGACUGGAGCGGGCCCCUCCACAGAGACAGCAGCUGGACUCUGGACCUGAACCCGGCAGCACCGUGGGAACUGGAUCCGGAGGGGGGCGGGAGAGCCCUCACAGCGGGCCCCCUGCAGAGGAGCCCCUGCAGCCACGGCCCAUGCAGUGGCCCCCGGUCCUCAGACAGUCCCGGAACCCCCAACAGGACAGCCUGGCCCUGGACCCCGGGACCAGCUCGGUGCUGUGCCCACGGCAUCGGCUGCUAACAGAGCGGCUGGGGAAGUGGCCCCCAAGCCUGCUGGAGCCGGCCCUGCGGCUGGCCCUGCUGGAGCCCAGGAAGACCUUCUCCCCGGGGGGAGAGGACCCGGUCCUGGCUCUGGCCCGCAGGCUGGGCCAGCUGGGGGAGGGAGGGGAGAGGGGAGGCGGGGUGGAGGAAGCGGGGCCCCCUCUCUCCCGCUGCUCGUGUCACAGCUUGCUGGCCCCGGGGACGGUUGGCGAGGACCCCAGCGAGACCAGCGAUGCCCUGCUGGUUCUGGAGG